AUGAUCAUUUCACACUUAACACGCGUUGGCAUAGUCGCGCUCGUCGCUUUAGUAUUGCACCAGUAUUACUGUCACUGUCAGACGCACCUAGAGGAGCAGAGUUUUAGCAGAGCUGACUGCAAUUUGAUCGCAGCGCAGAACGCAUGCAAUUGCACAUAUGACGCGAAGUACGAAUCAGCGAAAAUUUUUUGCCGCAGCGCGGAUGAGCGCACUGAAAUAUGGAUAUCUAUUUAUGAAAGGAGCUCUGUGGACAUAACUUGCAGACACGCAGGCGAUUCCUACGCCGUCAUUACUGAGGAAUUAUUAGCGCGUUUGCCGCGCCUAGGCAGCAUAAGCAAAGCCGAUUUCUUGGCCAUACAUGAGUGCGUGCCAUUCACGCCGCUGUUAGCGCGUUUGGGGUUAACGCAAAAUGAAGUACUACAUAUUGAUGGUCUGGGCAAAUUAACGCAAUUAACGGCGCAGAGUUUUGGUCACAACAGGAGCUGCUUGCAGAGCGUUGUCGAUUUGGAGCUAUCAGCGCAACCUGCCGGAGCACAAGCAGGGCAGCGCCUAAAUGCUGACAUAUUCACUGAUUUUUCAAAUGUGCGCACAGUAAAAAUCGACUUAAACAUCACACAACUGGACGAGCGCAUAUUUUUACCGCUUGUCGCUACGCUCAAUGAUUUUACGUUCCUUGCCAAAUUGCGCGAAUUUCCCAGCGCCGCUAUGUCACCGCUCCACCAGCUCCGUGCGCUGAUGUUGAUGCGUCAUCAAUUUGGUGAUCGUUUACGUAAAGACGAUUUCGCGCCGUUCAGAUUAUUGGAAUAUCUUACGUUGCUCAACUGUAACAUAACCAAGCUGCCAGCGCGCAUCUUUGCAUCACUGCCAGCGCUUAGACAUCUCACUUUGAACAAAAAUGAGCUGCGCGCAUUGCCGCCAUCACUAUUUGUGGCGCAAACGCAACUACAAAGCCUAGAUUUGGGCGAUAAUCAAUUAGCGUCACUGUCGCGCACACUGUUUCACCCUGCCACAAAACUAACGAGCUUAACUUUAAGCCGCAAUCGCUUUGUUAAGUUAAGCGCGGAAAUGUUGCCGCCACUAAGCGCGCUCACAUGACUAAGUCUGGACAAAAACAUGCUACAAACUAUUGCAGCUGAUAGUUUUGCGGACGCGAAGCACUUGCAGUUUCUGGAACUCGACAACAAUCGGUUGAAUUGGUCUAGUGCUGAGUCGUGUGCCGUGCUCGCUGGCAUGUCCAGCUUAUCUACACUUAUCUUACAAAAUAACACGCUGCAGCAUAUAUGCGAACCGCUGCUUGCGCCCAAUAAUACGACCAGCAAUCUGGAUGCGCUCGAUUUACGACACAAUAAGUUCACACAUUUGAGCGCGCCGCUGCUGCGCAAACUAAAUAGCAGCAAGUUGCCGAAACAAUUGUUCCUGUCGCAUAAUCCCUGGACGUGCGACUGUGGCGCGCAAACAUUGCUCAAUUUCGUCAAGUCAAAUCGUGCGCGUUUGCCUGAUGUAUCGCACGUGCGCUGCGACGAUGCAGAGCUGGCGCCGCUGAUUGAACUAUCCUACAAUGAUUUUUGUCUGCCUGACUUGGGCGUAAAUGCAAAAUACGUGUUGGGCUUGAUUAGCCUAUCGGCGCUCAGCCUAAUGCUUAUCAUUACGGCGCUCUGCUAUUAUAAAUACAAGCUGCAGCUACAAGUCUGGCUCUAUGCGCAUCAGCUGUGCCUGUGCUGUAUCAGCGAAGCGGAGUUGGAUCGUGAGCGCAAGUAUGAUGCGUUCAUUUCAUACGCUCAUCAGGAUGAGCAUUUUGUUGAACAUGAAUUGGUGCCGGGCCUGGAGCAGGGUACACCCGCCUUUAAGGUGUGCAUACAUGCGCGCGAUUGGUUGGCUGGCGCGUUCAUAACCGAGCAAAUUAUCGACUCCGUGGAGCAGUCGCGGCGCACAAUCAUCGUUUUGUCGGAGAGUUUCAUAGCAUCGCAUUGGGCGCGCAUGGAAUUUCGUAUGGCGCAUCAAAGCGCGCUCAAUGAGGGACGUUCGCGCAUUAUUCUAGUGAUCUAUGGUGAUUUAGUGAAUAUAGAGUUAUUGGAUCAGGAGUUACGUACGUAUUUAAAGAUGAAUACCUACUUGAAAUGGGGUGAGCCAUGGUUUUGGGAAAAGUUACGCUAUGCCAUGCCGCAUCCGACGCGCUUUUGGGCGCGUGCAGCGCGUGUAGCAGAACCUGACGAGAUUCCUCUACAAGAUUUUACGCCAAGCGCGUAAACAAUGUGCACUCUCUGUUGUGUACUAAUAUUGCUAAGAUUUGUGUUGAGUGCUGAUAUUUAUUCCCAAUCGAAGUGUGUUAUAUUAUGAUGAGUGUUUUGAAGUGUGAUGGCAAGAUAGAUUAUUUAAAUAUAGAAAAAUAUAUAUCAGCUUGUAUAACAUUUAUAUAGCGGGGAAAUUUUUGUUGUAGUGCUGCCACAUAGUUUUUUCUCACAAAAAUGUAUAUUUAUCAAAGUAACUUUUGUUAGUACUGUUAUGUAAUAUUUUAACGAACAUAUUAAACGGCCUUAUAUUUUUAUUUA